CGGACCCAGCCGAGCCGCCGCGGGUGGAGCCGGGCCGGGCCGGCUCGAAGCCGAGCCGAGCCGGGCCGGGCCGAGCCGGGCCAUGCAGCUGCCGCAGGUGCCGGCGCCGGGCCCGCGGCCGCCCGUGCUGUGGGUGCCCGCCGGCUCCAAGAUCCUCUGCAUCGAGAUGAACCGCCCCAUCCAGGUGAAGCCGGCGGACAGCGAGGGACGAGGAGAAGACAGGAAGCUCUUCGUGGGCAUGCUGGGGAAGCAGCAGAGCGAGGACGACGUCCGGCGCCUCUUUGAGCCCUUCGGCCAGAUCGAGGAGUGCACCAUCCUCCGCGGGCCAGACGGAGCCAGCAAAGGUUGUGCCUUUGUGAAGUACGGCAGUCACGCCGAGGCUCAGGCUGCCAUCAACAGCCUGCACGGCAGCCAAACCAUGCCGGGCGCCUCGUCCAGCCUGGUGGUGAAGUUUGCGGACACGGACAAGGAGAGGACCCUGCGGCGGAUGCAUCAGAUGGCAGGGCAGCUGGGCAUCUUCAACCCCAUGACCAUCCAGUUCGGCGCCUACGGGGCCUACACGCAAGCGAUCAUGCAGCAGCAGGCGGCCCUGAUGGCGGCGGCGCAGGGCACCUGCCUGAACCCCAUGGCCGCCAUCGCUGCCGCCCAGAUGCAGCAAAUGGCCGCCUUCAACGUCAGCGGGCUGGUGGCCGCCCCCCUCACCCCUUCUUCAGGUACGAGCACCCCCCCCGGCAUCAGCACGGCGCCCGUGCCCAGCAUCGCCACGCCGAUCGGGGUGAACGGCUUCAGCCCGCUGCCGCCGCAGACCAACGGGCAGCCCGCCUCCGAGACCAUCUACACCAACGGCAUCCACCCCUACCCAGCUCAAAGCCCCACGGUGGCAGAUCCCCUCCAGCAAGCCUACGCGGGCAUGCAGCACUAUGCAGCAGCAUAUCCUACCGCCUACGCGCCCAUCAGCCAAGCCUUCCCCCAGCAAGCGCCCAUCAUCCCGCAGCAGCAGCGAGAAGGUCCCGAAGGCUGUAACCUGUUUAUUUAUCACCUGCCCCAGGAGUUCGGGGAUGCGGAGCUCACGCAGAUGUUCUUGCCUUUCGGCAAUGUCAUCUCUGCCAAAGUCUUUGUGGACCGUGCCACCAACCAGAGUAAAUGCUUUGGUUUCGUCAGUUUUGACAAUCCGACUAGCGCUCAGGCAGCCAUUCAGGCCAUGAACGGCUUCCAGAUCGGCAUGAAGAGGCUAAAAGUCCAGCUAAAGCGGCCGAAAGAUGCCAACAGACCCUACUGACCCCUGCCCACCCUGGCCCUACGGAGAGGUCGGGCGUCCCGCGAUGUCUGACGACUUUCCCCUUCCCCAAGUGCAGUAUCCAAACCCGUAACUCUCUUUCUUUGCAACAUGUCCCGGAGGAGGAGGAAUAGGAGGAGGAGGUGAUGGAGAAAAAAAACGUGAAGAAGAGAGCCAUUCUGGUCGUAGCUUUUCUUUUCCUUUUUGAUUUUUUUUUCUAUCCAAACGGUCUUGUUUGUUUCUUAACGGGAUUGAGAGAGCGAGGAAGGCAGGAAGGAGAGCGACGCGGCAGUGGUAGCGGGGCUGAGAUUCGCUGCUGGCCGCUCGCUGGGACUCACCAAAUCCCUCGCCGGGAGAGAGGACCAAGGCCCGGGCGGCCGGGACGUGAGCUACCUUUUUAAAGCACUCAUUUGCUGCUACAAAUUUCCCAGGAGGAACGAGGAACAGAGGCUCCAAACGGACUUUAAACCAAAGGCAGCGGGAAGGGACCAGCCUCGGGCGCUUCACCUGGAGGAUGCUUGUUUGGAAAGAGAAAUCGUGAUUGUUUUUUCCACGUCUGGCUGGGAAAAAGAGGGAAAAAAAAGGAUAAAAGGAUGUUGGACUUAUAGAAGAUAUAUAUAAAUAAGUAUAUAUAUAUAUAUCCCAUGGAGCAGGGUGGCGGGACACGCACUUCCCCCCUGCUUGUCACUGGCACAGGGACAUAGGAUUACUUGUUUCAGAGUCAUAUCAUUCCUUAGAGUUUAGGGACCAAAGGACUAUUGCUUUUUUAAAUAUAUAUAUAAAUAAAUUAAUUUAAAAAAAAACACACAAAAAAAAUGGAAGAAGAAAAAAAAAAAGAUUUAAGAAAAACCUCGGGCGCAAGAGCUGCGAGCGGCGCCAAGAGGAGCUUAAGGGCUCGGUCUGGGGGGGGCUGAUUUGUGGCUGAGCGCCGGGGAGGGGGGGAUGUAGAGGGGUUUUUGGGGGGGCUGCGGCGGCCCCAGCAGCCAAAUCUGGUCAAAAGAGCCCCUCGGUCGCCUGCAGGAGACGGCGAAGCGAUUUGGUUCUUUGGCCCUUUUGUGUUUUUUUUUUUUUUUUUUUUCCGUUUGUUUUUCAGCCAAAAAAAAAUUAAAAAUAAAAAAAUGUGAGGUUUCGGC